UACAGCCUGUUUCACCUUCAUAUCUCUAUCUUCCUCUUUCAGUCUUCCUACUCUCUCUCUCUCUCUGCUCCCUUAUAUUCCUCAUCCCACCCAACCCAACCAUCAAAACUAUCGAACUCCCAAAUCAGAACCAGACAAACGCCAAAAAGACUUCAAUGGAUCCGUGCCCAUUUGUACGGAUCCUAGUCGGAGACUUGACCGUCAAGUAUCCCACGGCAUCCAGGCCAUCCUCCGCCACCGUCCACCCGUCGUCGUCCCCUUGCUUUUGCAAGAUCAAACUCACCAACUUCCCCCACCAAUCCUCUACAGUCCCUCUGAUCCUAAGCAACGGUCAAAACCUAGAUACGACGACCCACGAUCACUCCCUUUCCGCCUGCUUCAAUUUGAACAAAACCCAAAUUGAAAGCUUAGCCUCCAAGCGGCCCUGUUUGAAGCUUUCGAUCUACACGGGUGGGGUCGGCGCCACGUGCGGGUUACACAGCGGGAAAUUGUUAGGUCGGGUUAUAGUGCCGUUGUCGGAGCUGGGUUUGGCGGAGUCCAGACCCGUCGUGUAUCAGAACGGGUGGGUCGCCAUUGGAGGAGGGAAGAAGAAUGGCAGUGGGUCCUCGUCGGCGCAGUUGUUUUUGAGCGUCCGGGCGGAACCCGACCCGAGAUUCGUUUUCCAGUUCGACGGCGAGCCCGAGUGUAGCCCGCAGGUUUUUCAAGUGCAAGGGAAUGUGAAGCAGCCGGUGUUCACUUGCAAGUUUGGGUUCAGAGAUAUGCAAUCGAGGUCAAUGUCUUCAGAGCCAGGCACACCGAGAAAUUGGCUGCCUUUUGGUGGGGCCCCAAAGGAGCAAAGCGCGAAGGAGCGAAAAGGGUGGUCCAUUACGAUCCACGACCUGUCCGGCUCGCCGGUGGCGGCGGCUUCCAUGGUGACGCCGUUCGUGGCCUCGCCCGGCUCACACUGCGUAAGCCGGUCCAACCCUGGGGCGUGGCUCAUCCUCCGACCGAACGAGGGCACGUGGCAACCGUGGGGCCGGCGCGAGUCGUGGCCCACGAACACGCCGCUCGCGAACUCGACCCUCGGCGCGAAAACUGGCGGGAAGUUCUCGAUCGACCUGACGUCGAGCCUCACUCCAGCGAACAGCCCUCACAGCAGCUUCGACUUCGGGUCCGGAACCGGGUCGAGACCGGGAUCAGGAUCAGGGUCGGACUUCGGGUUCGGGUUAUUCCCACAGUUGAUUCAGAGAGGGUUUGUGAUGUCGUCGACGGUGGAGGGCGUCGGAAAGUGUAGCAAGCCGGAGGUGGAGGUCGGGGUGCAGCACGUGACCUGCACUGAGGACGCGGCUGCUUACGUGGCAUUGGCAGCGGCGAUGGAUCUGAGCAUGGAUGCUUGCCGGCCGUUUUCUCGGAAGCUCCGGAAGGAGCUAAGGCAGCAGUAGAUUCGGAAGGCGGGGGUUGUCGUUUCGCGGGGUAGGGUUCGUCGUUUUGUAGUUGGGUGGGCAUUGGAUUCCUUUUUUUGGCGAUUAAAUGCCAACACAGCAUUUUUUAGCUGCCAAUUUUAUUAUUAUUUUUGUAUAAUUUUUUUCGGAUGAGACUGUACAGUGAGGAAUGAGUAGGCAGGAUUUUAAUUUUUAAAUCAAAAAUUUUUUCCCCUUCUUGUGA